AUGUCAUCAACCUCUGAUUUUACUCUCCCAGAAGAUUUGAGUUUCCAAGAAGUCUUCCAUGCACUAAAAAAGAAAUUUGGUUUCCCAUUGCCUCCUGAGGAGAUUAGUAUCUCUGCCUUGGGCAAAGAAAAGUUUGACUUUUUCGCUCAGAGUAAAUUCUUAUUAACGUACUCUAGACGCAACUUUACAGCCGCUGUUCGGGAGUUUGAAGCUUUCGCAAAUCUUGAUAACCUAGCUGAAGAAACGCUGUCUAGAGCCUCUGACAUCGAGUCAACUGAAAGGAGACAGGCUGCCAUCCAGAAACGACGUAUCCGAGCGUUCAACCAGGAACUUGAGAAGCAGUUGCGGCUUUUCAAUCGCGACGGCGGUAGCAUUGUUACUCAGGGCAACCAAAGAAAUUCAACUCUCAGUGCUGGAAGACAAACAACCACCGAGCGCUCUGACAGCAUUAUCAAGACAUCAGACAAGACAAGAAAAAGGGUUCUGGAGUGGAGGCAGAGCACCAUGGCUGCACGAAGCGGUCAGAGCAGGAACCUCGCAUCGCGGUCAGGUCUACGCACGAGGGAGUCUUUUGACAACGAAAUCAAUGAUGCAUUCCCAUACUUCUAUGAGGAACCCACUGAGAUUGAUAUUGAGACUGAUGAGUCUGGAAUGAUUCCCGCAAGCUCUUUUCGUGCAGAAACCCUCGCUGGAGCUAUCCCUGAAGUUGGCUUUCAAGCUGUCCCUAUGGGUGAUUAUACCGAAAACCACGAGCGAUCUCGAACUGUAGCCCCCUCAUCUUCAAAACCUUUGCAGCCAUCUGUUCAUUCACCGCCCGCCAAACCCGUCAAGUCACAGAAUUGGAACUGGGGUACCUAUGAGCCACCUGCAGACACUUUGACAUCGCGACCUACUUUGACUCAGGUACCUAAACCUUCUAUACCUGCCCUGAACUCCAACCCUAAACCUAAACCUAAACCAAAUUCCUUUGCUCCUUCGGUUUCUUCCGAUACCUCUGCCCGGCAUCUCCAUACGGAGGAUACGAAGAAACGGAAGCAGAGUCAUUGCUUGCGAGAAGUUAUGGAUCGUCCAUCUAAACGCCAGUCUCCCGUUCCCCAGGACCGACAGGAGUUUAUGAGUGUUCAGCCCCCGAAACCAGUCUCGGGUGGUUCAUUCUCACGAGCUCCAAUCAACCAAUCGUCUUGGACCGAGAAUCAAGCUCCGAGCUUCCAAGCCUCCAAAAUCCGCAAUAGUUUUGAGACGGACAUAACGGAAGAGUCUAUUUCGGAUUCCAUGCUACGAUCUCGGAACGACUUUCAAGGCACCCAACCCACGUCCUUCAAUAGUACGAUGGAAGGGAAAAUCGCCACAUCUGGGAGAUAUGACGACAUCUCGGAGGACCUCAUACCCCCGCUCCAUGGCUCUCGUAAUGGAGGUCGCAUUGGUUCAGUGUAUGCUAGCCGUACAGCGUCGUCCAGUAGUGUUAGCUCCACGAAUGGAUCAAGGCCAGUUAUGCGUGGCGGAAAUAGCGGCGGAAACAGGCCUGUUUCACCCUCAACCCAACUCCAGUUUGAACAAGAACAGGCUUCUUCGUCCAGGGAUUGCUACAGUGUGGGCGAAUCAACACUUGAUGAAAUGUGGACAAUGGGCCUGCCACAAUCACGACGGCAAAAACCACCCUCCGGUAAAUCUACUUCUGUUGCGCCGGCCCAGAGCUGUUCAAGCUCCGAGGUUGCGGUCAAUACUCCUCAGCCCCGAAAUGGCUUAUCCCAUUCAGUAUCUACGAAGACCUGUCGUUUCCAAUUCUACCAAACACUUACAGGUGAAAAUUUCCCCGGGGAUAUUUAUAUGGAAUUGUUUAAGAAGUCAAAUAGUCCCUUUUGGCUUCAAUGGGAAGUUGAAAGAAUGAUUCUUGCAACAACUGCACGAAACGCAGAAGCAGACAAAGUGCCAAAGCUAUUGAAGGAGCUUCUAAAGCAAUUUUUGAAGGAGCCGGAUAUGGGGUACGAGGCGGUUCAGGACAAAUUCAAAGAGUUUUGGACUCAGUUCAAACAGGAGGAAAAGUACGACAUCCCUAAUCUCAAAAGGGACUCGUAUGCCGCUAUCUUGCGAAGUGAAAAUGGCUGGGAUAAUAGGAUUCAAUUAUCCGCGGAACUGUCAUUCGAAAGAUUCCCAGGCACAAAUGGAGCCAAAAGUCUUCAAGUAUUCAAACCUACUCUACGGCCACGUGCCCUAAACUUACGAUCUACCACCACCCGGUUCGACCGCAAGUUUGGUUCCGAUAGGUUCAUGUCUUUACGUGUUCCUAAGAUUGAUUCGGCCUCCAAAAACAUAGACCUAGACACUCACCACAACGCCCUCGCGAGGUACUUAAGCCAUGAGGGAUUCGAAUUUUUAGGUCGCCGAUGGCGCGCCAUCUGCCACCGAUCCUCCACGAAGGAUGAGAACGGAAAGCGCAUUAGUCUCGCGAAACAAGACAAAACCUUACAAGUGAUCGUCAUUAUGUUUGCAGUUUCGGGACCGGGGCUUGAAACAGUAGACCAACGAUCCGCUGUUGAAUGGCUGGUCCCAAUCGAAAAAAACAUGGACUCUAAACAAUGUAAAUUAUAUGCACGAAUUGCGCUUGGGUUUUCAACUACUACCCCCAGUGUCGUUUUCGACAAAAAUGAGAUCGAUUACAGCAUCAAGGAUAUCAAAGCAAAAGGCCUCGAAUUAGGCAGAGAUGGCAAACUCCCUGAAUACUCACUUACAGAUGGGUGCGGUCUCGCCAGUCCAGCUGUAUUUCGGGCAGUUGCUCGACAGUUAGGCUUGCCGUAUCCACCAAGCGCGGUACAGGCUCGUAUUGGUGCGGCAAAGGGACUUUGGAUCAUGGACCCAUCGAUCCCGCUCGACUCUGAAGAAUUGCGGAUCAGAAUUCGACCCGACCAGAACAAGUUUGAUGGUAUAUCGUUGGAGCCAGAACAUCGUACUCUGGAUAUUUGCAAUACGUCAAAACCACUGAAGCCCUCCGCUUUAAACCUCCAAUUCAUCGUCAUUCUGUUGCACAAUGGCGUUACUGAGGCUACACUCGAACAACUCCUCCGAGAGGAUAUCCGUAAUGAAGUUACUGAGCUUUUCAAUGGCGGAAGGCUUGACGACGGCGCGUUUCUAAGGAAGUACUUGGAGAGAGUUAAGUUAAGUGGCUCCCAGCGCGAUGGUAGAGCUAUAGCAAUGAAGGGGAGGAUCCCUUUGGGGCUUGCCGAACGUGCUAUAGACCUAAUAAACGCUGGGUUCACCCUACAGAACCAAACUUUGAAGGACUGGUUUGAAAAGGUUUUAACCGACCAUUGCGACACCCUGAAGGAUAAGAUGCGCAUUCGAAUCCCUUGGAGCUGCCAGCCUUACUGCGUACCAGAUCCUUCCGGGAAACUUAAGAAAGGACAGGUAUAUCUGAGGUUUGGUCCCGAGUCGAAAUUUAUCGAUCCGAAAACCAUGAUGGCCAUCGACGUCUUAAGAGGAGGUGUUUUAGUCGGGCGGAAUCCGGCACAUUUUGCGUCGGAUAUCCAAAAAGUAACGGCGGUUGAUGUCCCGGAAUUACGAUUCCUAACGGAUGUGAUCGUUUUCCCUGCCGAUCCUGAAAGCAAUGAUCGGAGCCUGGCAGAUUACCUAUCAGGUGGGGACUACGACGGAGACAGAGUUUGGACAUGUUGGGACCAGAGACUGGUAGGGGAGUUUAAAGGUGAACUUGUCCACGGGCCAAGCACUGUCGACAUGGUAGGGUAUUUCGAGCCUGAGCGCAAAAUGAUGUGGGAAGACUUCGGGGGCUCAGAUGAAUCUCCUGAUGCGUUUUCAAACUUCAUACAAAAGCAUCUCGAAACUGCCAUGGACGAAGAACUUUUGGGGCAGUGUACCUCACUUUUCGAGAAAGUUGUCUACAAUAAUUACGGCGAUGAAAGAGGGGUUCUAAACCUUGAGAUAGCGAAGAAACUGGGUGUAGCCUGUGGGAUGCUUGUCGACGCUCCGAAGCAGGGGAUCCGACUGAAACUCGCUUACUGGAAGAUCUGGAAGAAUACUUAUAAAGACACACAGCUACCUUUUUACAAGUUGUCUGAAAAAGAUUUGGUUACGAGAAAAUUGUUCAAAAGCGCUAAGAAAAGCAGGCACCCUAUCGAUAGGUUGAAAUUCCAGAUUGCAGCAGAUGAGGUUUCUUCCCUUAUUGCUCAAUUCAAGGAAUCUUGUAAGGGGACAUCAUACAAAGAUGAAGAUUUACUCAUUUACACCCGCCAAUUCUUUGCUCGUUGUGCGACUGAUAUGGAAAGUCGUGAGCCAUUUAAUAAGGAGAUGGCAAUGGCACUGCUCGUACAAAGAAAUCACCUCAAUCGCGAGUUGGAUGUACUUCUGGAAAAAUGGCGUCGUUACUGGGCAGGCCGUGACUUUGACAAGGAGGACGAGAAGGAUUCGGAAAUAUCCAGAAAUCUUGUUGAAGAGUGUGUGCGUAUUUUUGACAACAUUUUGCCAUACCAAGACAAUUCUACGACGACAGGGAAGGCUCUUGUUGCACAAUGGAAGCUUUCCGAACGGGAUCCAUUUUCAGAAUGGAAUCGAGUGAAAGCGUCCCUCCUACAUGAGAAAACAUCCAAGUGGAACGAUUCAAAAUCUUCUAUUCCUUGGUUUGUCGCUGGGGACAUUAUGUGCUUUGAAAAAUGGCGAACUGUAUCCCAGGAACUUGGAAGGCGAAGCGGUUUUGUCACUCAACCGAUCUCAAACUUAUCUCGUAUUAAAGCGUCGGCUCUUAAAAAGGCAACCGAGGAUAGGGAUUGGCUCUCCGGAGGGCCUGUCGACGAGGACGGCGACAACGAUGAUUCUGACGUCGAUUUCGAUGAUGAAUAG